ACGGCGGGGCAGCUGCCCCGGCGAGGCGUAGGCUGCCCCCGUGCUGGCUCCAGCCGGGGAGCGGCGCGUCCAACCUCCGGCAUUGGAAGCGCGUGGAGUCGGGAUGUCCCGGCACAGGGUCGCCGUCCCCAGGCCCCGGUGUAACUUGCUGCCCGGCGUUACAUCAGCCGACGCCGAUGGGGUAGGGACGCUACAGGCGGAGCAGGCACAGUCAUUACGUACCUCCACCCCGAUGGUCCCCGUAUCGCGUAGGUGACAGCCAGCUGCCUCUGUGCUGCCCGUUAACGUACGCCUCUGUUGAGCGUGCACAGAUGAUACCUGCCUGCUCAUCUUUGUAUUUUCCAUCAAAAAUUCCAACUGCAAAACUCCAAAUGAAAAAGUUCUGGAGAAAUUAAGAGUGAUGUAAAAUGAGAAAUUAAAUUAAAAGCUGUUAAUAACCUUUGGGUGAUACCAGAUCUGAAAUCUAAGUUAAAAUAAUUUCAGGUAAUUGCAGUGUACAUAUAUAAUUACAAAUUGUGAGAGAGAGGCAGUACCGUGUUUAGAUGUCUUUCUUUACAUGUGGAACACUAAAAAAUGCCCUCUUGUAUAAGUUGUAUCUGGCCUAGCUGCAUGGAUUUCUUAAUAACAUGAAGUGAGGCAUUGUGAAAAGACUUGAUGAGAGGCCCAACAUAAGUCUGUAAAUGCCAUUUUGAUCUUGCUACUGUUAGCCCUGUUUUGAAAUAUAUUUUUGUAUCCUUUAUAUAUGUUUGUGGAUUAUACUUUUUACUGAAUUACUUCUGUAUUGCAUUCAGAUUUAUUUGAUUUUCUCCAUUUAAGAAUCCUGAGGUGACUGAAGCAAAUUAUUGAGCUUAGUCAUUGGAAGAGAUUUAUUUCCUGUAUAGCUCUGAGUCCUGGGAACCAUACAUAAUUGAGUACUGUGUAGUCUGCUUAUUGUCAAAGAUGGUGAAGCUGGAUAUUCACACGCUGGCUCAUCACCUCAAGCAGGAACGACUCUAUGUAAACUCAGAAAAGCAACUUAUUCAAAGGCUCAAUGCAGAUGUACUGAAGACAGCUGAAAAGCUGUACCGCACAGCAUGGAUUUCCAAGCAGCAAAGGAUUAACUUGGACAGACUUAUCAUAACAAGUGCUGAAGCUUCUCCGGCUGAAUGCUGUCAGCAUGCUAAAAUCCUGGAAGAUACACAGUUUGUGGAUGGAUAUAAGCAGUUGGGAUUUCAGGAAACUGCUUAUGGAGAAUUCCUAAACAGAUUGAGAGAGAACCCUAGGCUUAUUGCAUCCUGUCUGGUUGCUGGAGAGAAGCUGAACCAGGACAACACUCAGAGUGUUAUUCACACAGUGUUUACCUCCAUCUAUGGCAAUUGCAUCAUGCAGGAGGAUGAGAGCUACCUCCUACAGGUACUUCGUUACUUGAUUGAAUUUGAACUCAAGGAAAGUGACAACCCUAGGCGGCUGUUGAGACGAGGCACCUGUGCGUUCAGCAUCUUGUUCAAACUUUUCUCUGAAGGACUCUUUUCUGCAAAACUUUUUCUUACUGCAACUUUACAUGAGCCGAUCAUGCAGCUUCUGGUUGAAGAUGAAGACCACCUGGAAACUGAUCCAAACAAAUUAAUUGAGAGAUUCUCUCCAGUACAACAGGAGAAGUUAUUUGGAGAGAAAGGCACAGAAAAGUUCAAGCAAAGAGUCCAAGAGAUGGUCGACUCCAAUGAGGCCAAGCUGGUGACAUUGGUGAACAAAUUCAUUGGCUAUCUCAAACAAAAUACGUACUGUUUUCCACACAGCUUGAGAUGGAUCGUGUCUCAGAUGUACAAAACACUCUCAUGUGUAGACAGACUGGAGGUUGGGGAGGUCAGAGCAAUGUGUACAGAUCUUCUUCUAGCAUGUUUCAUCUGUCCUGCAAUUGUUAACCCUGAACAGUAUGGGAUAAUUUCUGAUGCUCCUAUAAACGAGGUGGCACGAUUUAAUCUGAUGCAGGUGGGGAGACUUCUGCAGCAAUUGGCAAUGACAGGCUCUGAAGAGGGAGAUCCACGUAUGAAGAGCAGCCUUGCUAAAUUUGACAAAAGCUGUGUUGCUGCUUUCCUGGAUGUAGUUAUUGAUGGACGUGCAGUUGAAACUCCUCCAAUGUCUUCAGUUAACCUUCUGGAAGGGUUGAGUAGAACAGUGGUUUACAUGACAUACAGCCAGCUAACUACUCUGGUUGGCUUUAUGCGGAAUGUAAUGUCAAGUGACCAACUUAAGGAAGAUCGGAUGGCUCUGGAAAACCUGUUGGCAAACUUACCCCAGAACAAACCAGGGAAAAGCAGCAGCCUUGAAAUGACUCCUUAUAAUACCCCACAGCUCUCUCCUGCAACCACUCCAGCCAACAAAAAAAAUCGAUUACCUAUAGGACAGCAAUUGGCAGCCAUUACUGCCUGGGAUACUUCUGCUACCAAUCUUUCAGCUCAUAUAACUCUAGUAACCCCUUUUGCAACUCGUAGCAGAAGUAGAUCAAAUAUUCAAAUGGAUCAGCAUGGGGACCAUGAAGGAUCCUCCCAGGAGACCAUCCCAGAAGUUCAGCCAGAAGAAGUGCUCGUGAUUUCUUUGGGGACAGGCCCACAGAUUACUCCAGGAAUGAUGUCAGAAAAUGAGGUCUUAAAUAUGCAGCUUACAGAUGGCGGGCAAGGAGAUGUCCCUGUUGAUGAAAACAAACUCCAUGGUAAACCUGAUAAAACCUUGCGCUUUUCCCUCUGCAGUGAUAAUCUGGAAGGAAUAUCUGAAGGUCCUUCAAAUCGCUCCAAUUCUGUAUCAUCUUUGGAUUUAGAAGGGGAGUCUGUAUCGGAGCUUGGCGCAGGCCCUUCUGGGAGCAAUGGUGUUGAAGCUCUGCAGCUGUUAGAACACGAACAAGCCACAACUCAGGAUAACCUUGAUGACAAGCUCCGUAAAUUUGAAAUCCGUGAUAUGAUGGGGUUGACCGAUGACAGAGAUAUAUCAGAAACCGUGAGUGAAACAUGGAGUACCGAUGUCUUGGGUAGUGACUUUGAUCCAAAUAUUGAUGAAGAUCGUUUGCAAGAAAUUGCAGGUGCAGCUGCAGAGAACAUGCUAGGCAGCUUGCUGUGUUUACCAGGUUCAGGAUCUGUGCUGCUUGAUCCCUGCACAGGUUCGACGAUAUCAGAAACAACAAGUGAGGCUUGGAGUGUGGAAGUAUUACCAAGUGAUUCAGAGGCCCCAGACUUAAAGCAGGAGGAAAGGCUACAAGAACUGGAAAGCUGUUCUGGGCUGGGUAGCACAUCUGAUGACACAGAUGUAAGGGAGGUCAGUUCUCGACCCAGUACACCAGGCCUCAGCGUUGUAUCAGGUAUUAGUGCAACAUCUGAAGACAUUCCUAAUAAGAUUGAGGAUCUCAGGUCUGAAUGUAGCUCUGACUUUGGGGGAAAAGAUUCUGUGACAAGUCCUGACAUGGAUGAAACAGCCCAUGGAGCCAGUCAGUUGACAUCUCCCCCUUCUCAGACAGAUUCUUUGCUUGCGUUGUUUGACCCUUUGUCAUCAAAUGAGGGAGUAUCAGCUGUAGUGAGGCCUAAAGUACACUAUGCAAGACCAUCUCACCCACCACCAGAUCCACCAAUCUUGGAAGGAGCUAUGGGAGGUAACGAGGCCCGAUUACCAAACUUCGGGUCUCACACUUUAAUUCCAACCGAUUUAGAAGCAUUCAAGCAGAGGCAUUCUUAUCCAGAAAGGCUAGUUCGCAGUAGGAGCUCAGAUAUAGUAUCGUCAGUUCGAAGACCUAUGAGCGAUCCUGGGUGGAACAGGCGUGCUGGUAAUGAGGAGAGGGAUCUUCCUAUGCCAACAGCCAACACUGGAGCAGCUGUUCUGGUUGCUGCAUCUCAGUCAUCAUCUUCAUCUCCCAGUAAGGACUCCUCUAGAGGAGAGAUUGAAGAACGAAAAGAUAGCGAUGAUGAGAAGUCUGACAGAAACAAGCCCUGGUGGCGGAAACGUUUUGUGUCUGCCAUGCCCAAAGCUCCUAUUCCAUUUAGAAAAAAAGAAAAACAAGAAAAAGACAAAGAUGACAUGGUGCCUGACAGAUAUUCAACACUUCAAGAUGAUCCCAGUCCAAGGCUCAGUGCACAGGCACAGGCUGCAGAGGAUAUUCUGGACAAAUACAGGAAUGCAAUUAAGCGAACCAGUCCCAGUGAAGGAGCUAUAGUAAAUUAUGAAAGUGCAGAGACAAUUGGGGAUGGUGAGAGUAUGCAUGACUCUCCCCGUGAUGAGGCUUUGCAAAACAUGUCUGCAGAUGAUCUCCCAGACUCUGCAAGUCAAGUAGCACAGCCACAAAGUUCUGCUUUCUCCUAUAGGGAUGCAAAGAAGAAAUUGAGACUGGCUCUUUGUUCAGCAGAUUCUGUUGCCUUCCCAAUGCUGACACAUUCAACAAGGAAUGGUCUACCAGAUCACACAGACCCUGAAGAUAAUGAAAUUGUGUGCUUCUUAAAAGUUCAGCUAGCUGAAGCUAUUAACCUCCAAGACAAGAAUUUGAUGGCCCAGCUGCAAGAGACAAUGCGAUGCGUAAGCCGCUUUGAUAACAGGACCUGUCGAAAGCUGCUGGCAUCUAUUGCAGAGGAUUACAGGAAAAGAGCUCCGUAUAUUGCUUAUUUAACUCGAUGUCGCCAAGGCCUGCAAACAACACAAGCGCACCUGGAAAGGCUUUUGCAAAGAGUUCUGCGAGAUAAAGAAGUGGCCAAUAGAUACUUCACUACAGUAUGUGUGAGGUUACUGCUAGAAAGCAAAGAAAAGAAAAUAAGGGAGUUUAUUCAAGAUUUCCAGAAACUCACGGCAGCAGAUGAUAAAACAGCCCAAGUUGAAGAUUUUCUUCAGUUCUUAUAUGGGGCUAUGGCUCAGGAUGCCAUAUGGCAGAAUGCCAGCGAAGAACAGCUUCAGGAUGCACAAUUAGCUAUAGAACGCAGCGUGAUGAAUCGUAUUUUCAAACUUGCAUUCUACCCUAAUCAGGAUGGAGAUAUUCUGCGUGACCAGGUCCUUCACGAGCACAUACAGAGGUUAUCCAAAGUAGUGACAGCAAACCACAAAGCACUUCAGAUACCUGAGGUAUAUCUCCGGGAGGCACCAUGGCCAUCUGCACAGUCUGAAAUCCGCACAAUAAGCGCUUACAAAACCCCCCGAGACAAAGUACAGUGUAUUCUGAGAAUGUGUUCAACCAUCAUGAACCUGCUUAGUCUGGCAAAUGAAGAUUCAGUGCCUGGGGCAGACGAUUUUGUUCCUGUUCUGGUCUUUGUUCUCAUAAAGGCAAAUCCACCUUGCUUGCUGUCCACUGUUCAGUACAUUAGUAGUUUCUAUGCUAACUGUCUAUCUGGAGAAGAAUCAUACUGGUGGAUGCAGUUCACAGCAGCAGUUGAAUUCAUUAAAACUAUUGAUGAUCGCAAGUAACUGAAAACAGCACAUAUAUGGGCAGACUGGUAGCAGAAGAAGCAUCUGUAAGAAUGUACAACAGCUGCAAAAGCUGAAGACAGGACUUUCGUUGUAUAAUAUUGUACAGAACUGAGACAUUUUAAAACCCACCUUUACUAAUCAAAUUAAUUUAACAGGUUUUUCCUCUUCUCUUUUGGUUGCAUUUUUUUCCCCCUAUAGACACUGGCACUGCGAAAGGGACCACAAAUUUCAGGUAUUUUGGAAUCUCAAAACAUGUAAAAAAGUCUUCAUGCUCUUCCCACCACCCCUCUUCUUGAAUUGUUACUCACGUGAAUAAUUCACUUCAUUUCUAAUUGAAAACCGAAAAAAGAAAAAUCAGGGCAACCACUUAGUAUACUUUCUAGCUUAAUACACCUUUUAUUAAUAAAACACCAGCCACACUUAAAGUUUGUAGUAGCUGACAUCAGUUAUCAAUUGUAUUUCACUUUAAAGUCUGAGAGGACAAUGUAAAUAUUAUAUAACUAUAUUUAAUGCAUUGCAAUUAUCUUUGGACUCAUUAUCCUUUGAAUAAACAAGCAAAAGCCUCUCUGACCUCCAGCAGAUUGUGACAUAGUAUGUUUUGGUAAACGGAAGGACUUCUUCAAAAGGCUAGGAUUAAAAAGGGCAAGCUGAACUAUUUAUUAAAAUGUAAUUAAGAUGACUGAAAUUUCUGAAACUGGAAUUUAUAAUAGACAGGGCUCAUUAGAUAGCUAAACACUUUUUGGCUAGGGCAUUAGGGUGUUAUAAAGGUUUGGAUUUAUAGAGGAGAGGGACUGUAAGUUACAAUAGAUAAGUCUAAUAUAAAAUACCUUACUGUAAUAUUUUUUCUGAAAUAUUGUGUAUACUGUACAAACCCCAAACAGAGAUCCUUAACAGAACCUUGGACUGUAAUAUAUAUUUUGAUUAGUGACAUUAAAUACAUAUGCCAGGGGUUUCAGUGAAUGUUUUUACUAAAUGUUCUUCGUGUUGUCUGCUAUGCAGCGGUGCAAAUUUUAUUGUUCAUAUAAAAUAUUUUAAAAUAUAACACUGUUCUUUAUGAAACAUAUCAUGACAUCAGUUCAGGGUGUUUUAUAGAUUUCUCACUCCACCUUUCCCUUAAACUGACAAUUCUGAAUUUAAAGACGUUUUUAUGCACACCAUGGAUUUUUCAUGAAUGAAAUAGUCUGAGUGAUGGCCAGUGGUUGUCACCUGUAUAUAAGCAGUGUCGCUGUCCUUUUUUGGCUAGAGCCGUUGUGAAAAAGGACAGCAAGCAUUUAACUUUUUCAUGUCAGUAUUAUUCCUCGCUCUUCGCGGAGUGUUUAUUGCACUUCUGACAGAGGGGUGUGUUACACUUUGUGCCUGUGAGUGGUAAAGGAAGCAAAAUCUUUAAGCAGAACAGGUUCUUUCUCUCACAUUCUCUUCAAAAUAUGAUUAAGGAUUUUUGUAUGUGCAUUUGAUGAUUAAAACCUGUAAGUGACUGAUACUUAUGAAAAUCAUUUGGCUAAAUGAAAUUAGAACAAUUCAUGUAAAGUAUCAAGUGCUUGAAGUUUGCCUAUGCUACUUGUCUAGGCAUAGUUAAAGAAACUUACUUUCUAGGACUUUAAUAUAUUCAGUAUAGCAUUUUUGCCAAGGUAAUCACAGGUAAGAGGGUGGGAUGGUAACUUUUCUCUUUUAUUUAUAGUCUUUCUCCUCUAUUAGAGGCUUGAUUGUGCAGAAGAGCAAUACUCAGUAGAAACGGAAUUCCUCUGAUCUGCCUUACUGUGGUGACUCAGUCUGCGUAGCAUUGCAAUAUUCUAGUUAUUUAGCCUUGGUGGGUUUUUGGUGCUGAACGUGUAACUUAAUAUUGCAAGCACAGCCCUGGCCAAUAACACUCAGCAGCAAAGCACAAAUAUGCCCUUGAAGAUAUGUCCAGAUCAUAUCUAAAAGCAAUAUAAAUUUAUUUAUAUUGAAGUGUGCUGUAAUAUUUAAUUAUUACUUGAAGAUAUGAGAUGUUAAGAUCAAUGUACUAAAGUUCCUUUAAUCCUGUAGUUUGGGUUUUAGUUGAGGAGAAUAUUUGACCUUAAAUCAGUCUUAUUCUAAGUCUUCAAAGUUUAAAACCUGGUAUGAAGACACAUAAGUUGACGAUUACCCUGUGCAUUACUUUUGUUUGCAAACUUGGCACAAAGGAUUUCAUCAGCAUCAUUAGGUCUUUCAGAUUUGCUCUCCUUUAUGAAAAGGGCAAGACUCAUUUUCUUCACAGUUUGUAUCACUUUUUUUUGUGUAGAAAAAUACUUAACGCAAUUGGAGUAAUUUCCAGAAAUUAUUUAAAAAAUAAGUAUUUCUGUGAGCCCCAGAUUAGCUGAGAGUCUUAACAGCAAGAUGGUCCUUUGCUGCUUAUUUUUUAACCUAAAAGUUUUCUAUAUAGCAUCGAUAUAGUUAGGCUUUCCAAAGAAUUAGAUACCUUACUGUAACAUCAUCCAUAUUUUUCUCCCUGGUGUCCCAUAACAUUUUGUUUUAAAAUGAUAAAUUACCUGUAUAGGAAGUGAUGUUGUUAGGUUUUGUUGUGCUAUAGUAAAUGUGAAAAGACAGUGCAUAAAGGACCAAACAGUAACAGAACUGUUGCCAAAAGGUGCCAGCUGACAGUGUACACCUGUUGCUAUAUACUUGAUGCUUUCUGUUAAAAUUACUUCAACCACUGAAGGGUGAAUUGAAUGUUUUGGGGCAGGGUGUGGCGAGGGAGGGGAGGUUAGUAGUAAUAGACUGAUAGACUUGAGGCUCGGCCACUGACUUCAGUGCUAGUCAGCACCAGUCUAGAGAAACUGCCAGAUUAAGCUUUGGCAUCACUGGGCCUGUUAAUUUUACAGAGGUGGUAUUUUCCUCUUUUGGGUAGAAAAGUGAAAGAAAAGCAUUGGUUCUCUCAUCCCUAGGAGUUUCCAUUUUGCUCCUAAACCUAAGUGAGAUUUCUCUUUAAACAUUUUCUUUUCCUUUUUUUAAAUCCUCUUCAAGGAGAACUGGAAUAUAUAUGGCCUAUUAAUUAUUUAAAUCUAAAGGUUUUUGUUUUUGAAGAAUUUAUACUACCAAAUGCUGAAUGUAACUGCCAUAAUUUUCAGGAAGAAAGCCACGAACAUGAUCGUGUUUCCUGUGAGUGAGUUUCUGGUGAGCACAGUGUUGGUUCGUUUUACUUGGGAUUGUUAAUGUUCUGUUAAGCCAAAUUCUCGCGGAAGUUUGAGAACUCACUGCCAUGUUAAUGCUGAGUAGCGCAUAGAGGAAGUUUGGUAGGCCGAAAAAGGAGCAGCAGUAGAAGGCAGACCUGUUUAGCAAGGUUUCGAGCAAGUGAAGUGCGUUUGUCUGAAAUCUGGUGUACCAGACGUGGCUGUGCUGCGGUACACACUGUGCAGCCUUAGGCUGCCAGCGUGAUGGGAGGUCGGGAACAGCAGAAAGCAGUCGACAAGGAGGGGGAAAAUACUCUUAUUUGGAUAACAGCUGAUAACUUGGUUGAGCCUGUACUACUUGAGAAUUAAUCUCUGCUGAGUUAGUAGUGUGUUCUGUACCUUUUAAUUGUGCUUUACCUCUGUUUAAAAGCUUUGUACUGCCUCUCCUCUUUGAAACUGGUAAAGCCUUUAUAAAUCUAAAUUAAAGAGCUUGCACAAUCUUGUAUACAGGAAACCCAUCUUGUCUCUAACGUGAUUAUUAAUGUAUUAUUCUGUAAAAACUGAUUAAAAGGAGAGCAGUUUAA